GGUCAGGUGACAGGCUUUGGAGCAGCUGGCCAGCCUCGUUGUCGCUCUCCAUCAUCCUAUGCUCGUAACACGCACCGUAGCCAAACGGGGGUGCACGGGGACGAGAUAGAGGCUCAUACUAACGGAUAUAUCUGAAUAUUUUCAAGAGAUUGGACAGAACUGAUUUAGGGUCAACGGCAUGGUCGAGCGAACAGCAUUUCUGUUGUUAUGGGUGGCGACCUUGACGCUGACAUCGGAGGUGCCAUCUGAUGACUCAGUGGCUCUGCUAGCGGAGCCCCAGGUAGCCAUGUUCUGUGGGAAGCUCAACAUGCACGUCAACGUCCAGAGUGGCAAGUGGGAGCCGGACCCCUCCGGCACCAAGAGCUGCAUCGGAACCAAGGAGGGCAUCCUGCAGUACUGCCAGGAGGUGUACCCUGAGCUCCAGAGCACAAACGUGGUGGAGGCCAACCAGCCAGUCAGCAUCCAGAACUGGUGCAAGAAGGGACGCAAGCAGUGUCGCAGUCACACACACAUCGUGGUGCCCUACCGCUGCCUGGUUGGGGAGUUUGUGAGUGAUGCGCUGCUGGUUCCUGAUAAGUGCAAGUUCCUGCACCAGGAGAGAAUGGACAUGUGUGAGAGCCAUCUGCACUGGCACACCGUGGCUAAAGAGUCCUGUGGAGACCGCACCAUGAAUCUCCAUGACUACGGCAUGCUGUUGCCAUGUGGCAUCGACCUUUUCCGAGGGGUGGAGUUUGUGUGUUGCCCGGCAGACACGCAUCGCGAGUCAGAGAGCGUCGAGCUGACUGAGUCUGACGUGUGGUGGGGCGGAGCCGAGACUGAAUACACCGAUAACGGCAUGCUUCACCAGGCGGAUCAGGGGGCUUCCACCACUGAGGAUGAUGAGGAUACCUUCAAUAGGGAUGAGGACGGUGACGGUGAUGAGGAUGAAGAUGAUGUGACUGACAAACGGGACAGUGGUGAACGCACCUCCAACAUCGCCAUGACAACUACCACCACGACCACCACUGAGUCGGUUGAGGAAGUUGUCAGAGUGCCCACCACGGCCCCUCACCCCCCUGACGCAGUGGACCAUUACUUGGAAUCUACCGGAGACGACAACGAACACGCCGACUUCCAGAAGGCCAAGGAGAGUCUGGAGGCCAAGCACCGCGAGAGGAUGUCCCAGGUGAUGAGAGAGUGGGAGGCGGCAGAGAGACAGGCCAAGAGUCUCCCUCACGCUGACAAGAAGGCUGUCAUUCAGCACUUCCAGGAGAAGGUGGAGGCCCUGGAGCAGGAGGCAGCAGGAGAGAGACAGCAGCUGGUUGAGACCCACAUGGCCCGGGUAGAGGCCCUGCUCAACAGCUGCCGUCGCAUGGCCCUGGAUAACUACCUUAGCGCCCUGCAGGCCAACCCACCCAGGCCUCGUCAGGUGCUGGGCCUUUUGAAGAAGUAUGUACGUGCAGAGCAGAAGGACAGACAACACACCCUGAAACACUACGAACACGUCCGCAUGGUCGACCCCAAGAAGGCUGCUCAGAUCCGACCCCAGGUGAUGACCCACCUGCGUGUGAUUGACGAGAGGAUGAACCAAUCCCUGGGGCUGCUCUUCAAAGUGCCCAGCAUGGCCAACAAAAUCCAAGACCAAGUUUCGAUCCUGAUGCAGAGGGUUCAGUCAGAGUUGUCUCAGCAAGUCUCAUCUCUGCAGAGUGAUGAGAGGACUGAUGUCAGGGUGAGCUAUGGGAACGAUGCCCUGAUGCCUGACCAGGCCUACAGCUCUGCCCCUCUGGACCCUGGCAUGGGCCUGGACAGACUCGGCUUCAUCCACCCAGAGAGUUUCAACCAACCCAACACCGACAACCAUGUUGAGCUUGUUGACGCUCGUCCAGUUCCAGAUAGAGGUCUGCCCACUCGGCCUGUCUCUGCUCUGAGGCCUGAGGAGUUCCCUGAGGUGCGGAUGGAGAAAGGAGAGCGGCAAAGCGCCAGCUAUGAAGUGCUUCAUCAAAAAUUGGUAUUCUUUGCUGAGGAUGUUGGCUCCAACAAGGGUGCCAUCAUUGGGCUGAUGGUGGGUGGGGUUGUCAUAGCGACAGUCAUCGUCAUCACUCUGAUCAUGCUGAGGAAGAAGCAGUACACCUCCAUCCAUCACGGAGUCAUCGAGGUGGAUGCUGCAGUGACCCCAGAGGAGCGACACCUGUCCAAGAUGCAGCAGAACGGUUAUGAGAACCCCACCUACAAGUUCUUCGAACAGAUGCAGAACUAAGGAGCUACUCUUUGAUCCCUCACUGACCCUGAACCCUCCUUAACCCCUCACACCUAGGCCCCGUUGCAUAUUGGUCCCUAAACCCUUCUCCUAGCUCCUACUCUUAUUUUCAAUGGAUCUUAAAGGACUUGAUAGGUGAAACCAGUAUGACUGAAGCUCCACGUAAAUCUAUUGGGUUAGAAAGAGCCGUGGUCAUAUUACUUAUAGCCACCCAGGGGUAGUGAAGGCCAAGGGGCUAGGAGCCAAAAUGGAACCAAGCCACACACUCUCCAUCCCUUCCUCGUAGAGUGCAGCACAUCAACAUCCAUAGCUGCCAUUAGUCAGACAAGGGUAUCCUUCUUCACCUACACAUUUUUAGCCAAUCACAGAUGAGAUCCCGUAGCGUUUGUACAGAAUAGAGAAACACAUUGAUUUAUCUGUCCAUGUAUCUGUGGGUUGGUUGGCCCUCCCCCAUAGUACAGCACUCACAUCUCUAAGAGGGCUAAACAGAGGCCUCAUAUACACCUGUAAUCUUCCUCGCUCUGAAGCACUCUCCUCUCCCCCUCCAUCUCUCCAACGCAUUCCUCUCCCACUGCUUCUCUCAGAUGACGGCUGUGCUGUUUUUGGUGAUGACAUAACAGCUCUUAGUGCUAGCGAAGGGAGGAUGGGCUCAGUCUACCCUGAGCUCCUCUCUGCAGGAUUAUAUCACAAGAGUUUCAGGUUUGUUUUUCAGGUAAAACAUAUAUACAAAAAAUAUAUAUAUAUGUCAUCAGAAAUAUGUAAAUGAAUAAAUAGCGAAUGUUUUUAUUUUGUGCAAAAUGUAUUGAAACAAGGCAGAAAAAAGCUCUAACUAUAUGUAGUGCAUGGUGAUAUUGAUGACGGAUAUACAUAGAGAACCUGGCUCCUGUCGUGGGGACUGGGCCUCGUGCACUUAGCAGGAUAGAACAUUUUAGUGUCUUCUUUGAUCUUGUGAUAUGAAGGGAAAAAAAGUAUUUUGAAUCUGUUUUUUGUUGUCACGGAGACAUGCUUUAAAUAGAAUCUGUGUUCUCCUUUGUUUUCUCCCCCCCAUGCCUCAUUCGGUCUUAGCUGCAUGGGCUGAAUGCUCUAUGUGUAAUAUAAUAUGAAGUGUAAUAGUAUCUGAAAGGAAGUUGAAUGUGUUACUGUUUGCGUUCUAUGCACUCAUUUAGAGUCAGAUUAUUUACUGGUAUUACUGCUCUGUUUAUCGGCAUUCCCUGUCUGUUAACUGAUAUUCCAUGUCCAUAGAAUUGUGUUUCAGCUCCAUUCCUCAUUUUAUUCCAGAAAUCUCAGUAUUUCACCCUAUCUUUCCAAUUCCUAUAUCAUCUGUGAAUAUCUAUGAAUAUAAUUUAUGGAAACAGAAAUAAUUAAUAUUUUUCUCAGGCUUUCACUCUUUUUCUAUCUUUCUUUCCCUCUCUGUCCCAUAGACCCCCCCCCCCAACAGACCUGCUCCCCAUCCCUUCUCUAUCACUCCCUCUCUCUGUCCCAUAGACCCCCCCCCACAUCCCUUCUCUCACUCCCUCUCUCUGUCUCAUAGACCCCCCAACAGCCCUGCUCCCCAUCCCCUCUCUCUGUCCCAUAGACCCCCCAACAGCCCUGCUCCCCAUCCCUUCACUAUCACUCCCGCUCUCUGUCCCAUAGACCCCCCAACAGCCCUGCUCUCCAUCCCUUCACUAUCACUCCCGCUCUCUGUCCCAUAGACCCCCCAACAGCCCUGCUCUCCAUCCCUUCACUAUCACUCCCUCUCUCUUUGUGCUGUGUCGGCACUUUGGAGUUGGUGUGUAAGAGAGAAUUAGAUUAAGUUGAUAGAGGGGGCGGGGAUUGAGUGUGAUAAAGUCACCUUUCCUAUCAUCACUCUUGCACACACACAUUCCCUCCAGUGUUUGAUACAUGUACAGUGUACCUAUGUGUUUCAUGGUGGAUAUCCCACUUUUUGCUUGUCUGUCAUCUCUCAUUCUCAGACCUCCUGGUUUUAAAAGCAGAGGCUAAAGAAAUACUGACCUCAGACCAGUUUAUUGAUGGUUUAAUUGAUCUCCGACCAAUGCGUGCGAAGCUAAAAACAGGGACCUGGGCCCAGAUUCACAAAACUCGUAUUGUGCAAAAACUUCAGGAAAAUAACCUCCUAAGUGCAAUUCCUCAACAAUCUUAUUUUCUUACAAACAUCUCAUAUUCUUGCCCUUUAAAAAACAAAGAUGUCUAGCUAGCCAUGGCAACCGUGUUAACAUAUUCCUUACUGAAAAUACUGUUCUAAAACAUGUUCUUGGAUUUAAAAUAAUCACUACUGAAACUUUCAGAUGAAGGUUGAGUGAAUUAAAUAUGUUCAAUUGCUUUCAUGAGCUUUUUCUCUCACUGCCCUGAGUUUAAGACAAGGGUUUAGCUAUAUCUUGAAAUUAACAACAUUAUUUUCAAGAAUCUAAUUUAAAAAUUCUCAAUGCAAAACAUAAGAAAUAGUGCAAUUUCCCCCCACAAUAACCUUUGAGGAAUAGCAACUUAAUUUUCUUCUUAAAUCUAUAGUUAAGAAUACAUUUAAGGUUUUGUGAAUAUGGGCCCUGAUAUGAAGGGCACAACGUCAAUGUUUAGAUCGGAUGUCAUUGUCUGUUAAGUAGUGUUUGUUACAUUUCUAUCUGCAACAUUCAGAAUGUUUCACCUCACUGAACACACCCCAGAUCUGGGAUCAGUAUUUAGAGGCAGUAGUAGAGACCAGUAGUAGAGACCCUCCCAAAAUUAAGUCAAACUACAGCCUCCAAUAGACAUGAAUGUGACAUUCAUAUUGUGAAAUUAUUCCACAGAUCUACACACACACAAACUGAAUCAGGUAAUUGUGUUGUCAAGGAUACUCAUGCUAUCUUUCAUUUGUUAAUUCUGACUUUCGUUGUACCUUUACAAAGCUUUCUACACACACCCCAUCAAUAAAAAAAAUGUAAUGUACAUACAGAUCUCUGUUCAUGACAGAGCUUGACUCCUGUGUGAAUGACAAGUGUUUUAUAUAGGAGGAACAAUAAAACAUUUGAACACGUUA